GAGACAACAUAUCUGAUCCACUGACAAGACUGCAGUUGGAUCCCAAAGAUGUGCUCCACGAACCCAGGCAACUGGGUUACGUUUGAUGAUGACUCCACUUUUCAGUCUUCUCAGAAGUCAAAGAAUUUCCCUCUGGAACAUCAAAGUGUCUGCAGACCUAAAGGACUCAAGCUGAACCUUUCUGGCCCUAGGGAAUUUUCCAGUGGCUCUUCCUCCACCUGCAGCACCCCGCUCCCAUCUCCCAUCGUGGACUUUUACCUCAGCCCAGGACCUCCAAGCAACUCCCCUCUUUCUACACCUGUCAAAGACUUUCCAGGCUUUCCGGGCAUCCCCAAAGCUGGGACUCAUGUACUUUAUCCUCGCCCAGAAACAUCUUCAAAUAGUCCACUCACAACACCAGGAACAGCUUCUUCCUUAUUACCUACUAAACCAGCCUGUUUACCCCAGGCUUCCUGGCCCAGUGAACACUCAUGUGCACAUCCAGCUCCCAAAGUGGGUCUUCUAGAAGAAACUAGCCCUCACGGGUUCCAAAGCGACACUCCACAGUUUCAGUAUUUUCAGGAUGACUGUGCCUUUUCAAGUCCGUUUUGGAAAGAUGAAGGCAGUGCUCCCCAGUUAACCUAUGACCCCCAAGGAAGCAGGAAGACAUUCUCAUCGAGAGACAAGGAGACACCCAUCGAUCAAAAAAGCCUCAAUCAAUGCUCACUCAACUAUAUCUGUGAGAAGCUUGAACACCUCCAGUCCACUGAGAAUCAAGGGUCACUUGGGAGUGUGUCAAUGCAGUGUCUGUACGCCGAAGACACUGCUUCUUCCUUCGUCCCCCACACACUCUUUAGGAGUCAGCCAAAAGCUGGCUGGUCUUUCAUGUUGAGAAUUCCUGAGAAGAAGAACAUGAUGUCAUCCAGGCAGUGGGGACCAAUUUUUCUGAAAGUAUUACCUGGAGGGAUUUUGCAAAUGUAUUAUGAGAAGGGGUUAGAGAAACCAUUUAAAGAGUUACAGCUUGAUCCACACUGCAGACUUUCUGAACCCAAAGUUGAGAACUUUAGCGUGGCAGGAAAAAUCCAUACUGUGAAGAUUGAGCAUGUGUCGUACACGGAAAAAAGGAAGUACCAUUCUAAGACAGAAGUAGUUCAUGAAGCAGACAUAGAGCAGAUGUUGAAGUUGGGGUCCACAGACUACCAUGAUUUCCUCGACUUUCUUACUACUGUGGAUGAAGAGCUGAUGAAACUGCCAGCUGUUUCAAAACCAAAAAGGAACUAUGAGGAACAAGAAAUUUCCCUGGAAAUGAUGGACAACUUUUGGGGAAGGAUCACUAAAGAAGGACAGUUGGUGGAAAGUGCUGUGAUAACGCAAAUCUGUUGCCUAUGCUUUGUGAAUGGGAACACAGAAUGCUUUUUAACCUUGAAUGACCUUGAGCUGCAGAAGCGAGAUGACCGCUAUUUUGAAAAGGAGCCAGAAAAGAAGCAGGGGAUUGACAUCCUUGACUAUCAUUUUCAUACAUGUGUGAAAGCACAAGAAUUUGAGCAAUCAAGAAUCAUUAAGUUUGUUCCUUUGGAUGCCUGUCGGUUUGAGCUGAUGCGUUUCAAGACUUUAUAUCAUGGUGAAGACCUUCCUUUUUCCGUGAAGUCUGUGGUCGUCGUCCAGGGAGCGUAUGUGGAGCUCCAGUCCUUUGUCAACAUGGCCCCAUUGGCUCAGAGACCAUCAUCCCAAGCUGGUCCUUUGAGGUCCUGUGACAACAUAAUGAUACACUUUCCUGUCCCAUCACAGUGGAUCAAGGCCCUCUGGACCAUGAACCUCCAGAGACAGAAGUCUCUGAAAGCCAAAAUGAACCGCCGGGCAUGUCUGGGGAGUUUACAGGAACCCGAGACAGAACCUGUCAUACAGGUCACUGUGGGGUCAGCAAGAUAUGAGAGCGCCUACCGGGCUGUGGUGUGGAAGAUAGACCGGCUUCCUGACAAGAAUUCAAGUUCUGAUCAUCCCCACUGUCUGUCAUAUAAACUAGAGCUUGGAUCUGACCAAGAAAUUCCCUCUGAUUGGUACCCAUUUGCUACUGUUCAGUUUGUUACGCUUGACACCUGUGCCUCAAGGACAGAGGUCAGGUCUCUGGGCUUGGAGAGUGAUGUCCAGCCUCAGAAGCAUGUGUACCAGCGAGCUUUCUACAAUAUCCAGGUUGAAAUAGAAAAGAAAUGGAUUAAAAUCGAUGGAGAAGACCCAGAUAAAGCUGAUGACUGCGUAACUCAGUAG